GUCCCCGCCCGCUGGGGCUGCGCCCGGGCCCCGCCGCGGGCAGCGCGGGUGGCGGGACGGGUCGCGUCCCUGCGCCGGGAGCCGGGGCUGGAGCCGGGGCUGGUCCUGCCUUCCCGCGCUGGUCCUGCCUUCCCGCGCUGCUCUCCCGCCGGCAGCAUGAAGGUCGAGUUUGCCCCCAUCAACGUCCCCCUCCAGAGGAGGAUCCAGACAGUCGCCGUGCUGCAGUGGAUCUUCUCCUUCCUCCUGCUGGCAGAGUUUUGCUGUGGAUUCUUUGUGAUCCUGAUCCUGGGCAACUUCUGGUUCCUUGCUGUACUGUACCUGCUGUGGCUGUACCUUGACUGGGAAACGCCCUGCACAGGGGGCAGACGCUCCCAGUGGGUCAGAAGCUGGACGGUUUGGAAGCACUUUAGGGAAUACUUUCCCAUUCACCUUAUAAAAACUUCAGAACUGAGUCCAAAUCACAACUACUUACUUGGCUUUCACCCUCAUGGCGUCCUGGUAGCUGGAGCCUUUGGAAACUUCUGCACUGGUCCAAAUUUCAAAAAUUUAUUUCCUGGGCUUACUCCUUAUCUUCAUAUCAUGCCCAUCUGGUUCGGCUGUCCCUUCUUCAGAGAAUACGUAAUGAGUGCAGGAAUGGUUUCUGCAUCCAAGGAGAGUGUCUCAUACGUGCUGAAUAAUGAAGGAGGUGGCCAUGCAUCUGUCAUUGUGAUCGGAGGAGCAGAAGAAUCUCUGAAUGCACAUCCUGGAAGUUUAACUUUGAACAUCCUCAAGAGGAAGGGCUUUAUUAAAAUGGCCUUGAAACACGGGGCUCAUCUGGUCCCCGUGUUUUCCUUUGGGGAAAAUGAACUAUUCAAGCAAGUUGCAAACCCCAAAGGUUCAUGGCUCAGAAACAUACAGGAGAAGCUGCAAAAGAUAAUGGGCUUUGCUUUACCACUGUUUCAUGCUAGAGGAGUUUUUCAAUACAGUUUUGGCUUAAUACCUUACAGGCAACCUAUUCAUACUGUUGUGGGAAGCCCCAUCCCUGUAAAACAGAACUUGAACCCCACCACGGAAGAGAUUGAAGAGCUGCAUGCAUUGUAUCUACAGAAGCUAAGACAAUUAUUUGAAGACCACAAAAGAAAUUAUGGGAUCCCUGAACAUAAAUCUCUCAUCUUUGAGUAGAAAAUUACCAUUUGCAGCUCCAAACUGGAUGGAAAAAACUGAGUGCUGAAAGACUUCUUUCUUCCAAUCUGUAUUUUUCAAUCUUUUAUUAUCCUUGUGUGAGGAAUAAUUCUAAGAAGGGAUGAUUAGAUGAUUUAUUGAUUUUUCUUACUCUUGGAGGGGAAAAAGAAAAUUCCUUGAAGUGUGAGCCUCAAAGCCAGUGCUGUUUUGAAUUGUCCUUUUAGGUUCAUCUGUACCAGAAAUGCUAGUGAGAGACUCAACACAGAUGUUCUUACCACCAGGGCACCUAACCAUAGCUUCAGCAGAGGAAAUUGCCCCAGCAUGAGAUCACAAGCAGGAAAAGUGAAAACCCGAGAAGUUUGUGAUUAGAAGUCGAGAGACUUACUGGCACGUAUCAAACAUGACAUCACAUUUAUCAAAAUACCAGAAUAGUAAAACCUACUGCUGCCCUUCAAUAGAAAUGAAGGCAUAUGUUUUCACCUACUAUAAGCCAUUUACAUGUGAAUUAAAGAAUAAAUAGGAGCUUUCUGCCCUGAAUAGGAUGUCAGCAAAAGUGGUUUGUCCAAGUGACAGAGCAGAGCAGACCCCACUUGGAGGAAGAACUGCACGGUGGGUUUUCUGUGUGCUUGUUUGCUGGGUGGUAGGAAGCACUGAAUGAUGUGACUUUUUUGGGACAAGCUGUGUUUUGCAUUGUCAGUUUGGAAGAUGAAGCAGCUUUGUUUGGUAGUUCCAGCUUCAGAGGAGAUGGCAGGCACGGGGACAGAAGCGUAGAGAGGAAGCUAGUGGGGGAAUCAGGUGAACUUUACAUCUUGUGCAAAUUAAAAGUUAUCAUAUGCCAGGCACUUGAACAGAAGGAAGGGGAGCCCAGUUUGUUCAGUCUAGUUGUGAGACUUCACCAAGGGAAAUGCACUCGAUCUAUGCCUUUUUCUUCUCUGCUGAUAGAUGUGGGGAAGGAUGUGGGAAACUGCUGCAGUGUGACACAGCUGUACUCGCCAGGGCAGUGUCAGCUCAGCUCUGGGCAGGGUGCAGCAGGUUAAGAGGAUGCUUUGCAUUCAAACCAAGUGCCUAAAUUUGAGAGAAGGUGUAUCCUUUUUUUCAGUUAAAAUACCUGAGUCUGUGAGAUUAUGGUGUGUGUGAAGAGAAUGAUAGUAUCUUACUGCAUUUUUUUAAAGGUAAAAUCUUGUGUUUGCAAAUGCUUUGUAUCUGCACAUGCACUUUGCAGAUCAGGUUUUAUUGAAAAGUGUUUGGUUUGCCCUAAGAAGUUUGGUGCCUAGAUGUUACCUAAGUUAGGUGCUCUGACAGGAGCUGCACAGGCUUGUUGGGCAGCCUGAGGAAACUGCAGCUAGGCCCAUUCAGCACUGGUGUGCCCUGGAACAGUGGUUCUGUUUCCACAAAGGCACUGAGCACAUUGUGUGCUUGCUGCACUGCAGCCUCCUCAGAAGAAAUGCAGUUGGGGUUUUGGUAAAAAGUUAAAGCUCUGGAAAGAAAAGAUCUUGACAAGAUGAAGGUCUUUCAAGAAAAGGGUGGAGAUAUCUUGACAUCUGAGGACUGAACUCCUAAUGAACUAAAGCCCCAAAGCUGAGUAAAUAUUUGCCUGACAGAGUGGAUGUACAUUGAUCUGAUGUGCUCCAAAAAACCUCCAGCAACAGGUUGGUUUCCUUAGGAGGGCUGUUCCUUCUAGCUCUUUCUGUCAUUCAGAGGUGACCAGCACUGAGCAUUGAAUCCUGCUCUUGCUUUCUCCUGGAUGGCAGGUGUCUUUCUGGGAGCCAGGGCUGGAAUCUGUAAUGCCUGAAGAAGUCAGCCCCUCCUCCCUGACAGAUUGCUCUCAGUGUGCCCACAAUUCACCUCUACUCCACUUGAGCUUUCUUAGCACCGCCUGUUUGCCUUCCCUUCCCACAUUUUUGCUGCUUGAUGAUCACUGUGGUGUAGACAUCUUACUUCCUCACUCUCUGUCCAUCUUUCUCUCAGUUAAGAUCUCUGAAGGACUAUGUAAGCAUACAAAACAUAGAGUGAUGGCUUAUCAUUCAGUAGAAAGAGGUUUUAGGAGCAGGGCUUGAGAAGAGGAAGCACUGUGACUGUGCACACGAACUUAAGAUGAGGAUUGUUUCAGGUCUUGGAAGGGCAUGCAUCUAGGGAGGACAAACACAGCAAGUUUGAUAGCUGGGAAGAGGACUGCAGUAAGUUUUGAGCCCAGAGUAGUCAUUUUUGCUUAGCCAGCUGUGUUAAACUUCCUUUGGAUUUGUUAUUUUGUCACCUGCCCUGAUGAGCAGUGCUGAUUGUUCAUGAAAGAAGAAUUUGGAGCCUGUUGUCAGACUGUUCUCUCCUAGAUCAUCUGCUUUAAUGAGGUGUUUCCUGUCAUUUUCAGCCUGCUGUCUAUGUAUUACCUUAAUGAUAUAGGAGCUCAGGAUGCAAAUAUAAAAACAUUAGGCUGCAAAUGGGAAGUAACAAUAGAUUCUUGCUGAUGAAAUUAGCCAAAACUUCUAGGGAAUAUACAGACAUAUGUACUGAUUUUGGGGCAAUACCUGGUUCAGAGGAUAACCUGUCUCUGAGUUCCAUGAGAAAAUUAUUUGUGGGCUCUUAUUACCAUCUGUAACUGGCACAGGCAGUACAGGUAGGGAUUGUGCUACUCUUGACUACUGAACUGUGCAUUGCUUUGUAGAACAGGAAGAUGGAGGAAAAAAAAUCCCAAAGCUGCUUCAGUAUAGAUUGUUGCUCAAUAACUUUUGUGUAUUGCUUAAGAUGGUCCUUCCAAACUACCGUUUAUUACCAAAUUGUCUAGUGUGUCUAGGACUAUUUUGAAGCAGAUUAUCAGUCUCUAAACCUGAUAGGCACAAUAUAAUCUAAAAUAUUUACCUCUGUGUUAGUGUAAAACAGCCUGCAAUACUGAACCUAAAGGCCAGAGCCUUGGAAGCUGUAGACCAGUAGCCACAACCAGUUGUGGCUAGUGCAGGCACCAAUCCUACUAUUGCUGCAGCCACAAGGAGACUCCUCAGUGUUUGCUAGUUAGUAUCAAUGUAGUCUGCAAUUGCAGUUUAUGCUUGACAAUGCCAAGAGCAAGCAACCAGUAGGAGUGGUGACACCCUCUCCUCCAGCUGUGGUUAGAAGAGUCAGGUAGGACUCAGAUCUCUGGUGGGCUGUCCACACGUACUGGGACCUGCUUCCUGGUGUGUUUCUCCAGGUGCCUUUCAGUGACCUGGAUGAUCCCAGGGAAGCUAGUCCUCCAUCAACAAGAUAGGUGCUCUCUCUGUGCCAUGCAAACCCUGCCACUCCAGUCUGCUCAGGCUGCCAGUGCCUGUGCCCUUGUGGGCCAACAUCUCACUGCCAAAUUCUGUUUACAGACAGUCUUUACCCACGGGUCCUCAAUAAUUUUUACUUUGUGAAUUACAAAACAUUGUACACUUUGUAACAUUGUAUGGUACUAGUGAAAUUAUGAGUGUCAGUUGUUUCAAUGAUAGCUGUGGCAAAGAAGUGUGAGAUAAUAAAGGUUUGAACCAA